GCGCGGGGACGUGGGGAGGGGGCGAGCCUUGAAGAUGGCGGCAGUGGUGGAGGUGGAUGUUGGAGGAGGUGCUGCUGCGGAACGGGAGUUAGAUGAGGGUUGAACAUGCGCGCAUGCAUGCCAAACAUCGUGGCCAUGAAGCCAUGCAUGCUGAAAUGGUCCUCAUCCUCAUCGCGACCUUGGUGGUGGCUCAGCUGCUCUUGGUGCAGUGGAAGCAAAGGCAUCCCCGCUCCUACAAUAUGGUGACGCUCUUUCAGAUGUGGGUUGUCCCCCUCUAUUUCACAGUGAAGCUGCACUGGUGGCGGUUCCUCGUGAUCUGGGUCUUCUUCUCCGCCGUCACCGCGUUCGUCACCUUCCGGGCCACGCGGAAGCCUCUAGUGCAGACCACCCCGAGGUUGGUUUAUAAAUGGUUCCUGCUAAUAUAUAAAAUCAGCUAUGCUACUGGCAUCGUUGGCUACAUGGCUGUCAUGUUCACCCUCUUUGGUCUUAACUUACUAUUCAAGAUUAAACCAGAAGAUGCCAUGGACUUUGGUAUUUCUCUCCUCUUCUAUGGCCUCUACUAUGGAGUUCUUGAGCGAGACUUUGCAGAAAUGUGUGCAGACUACAUGGCGUCUACAAUAGGGUUCUACAGUGAGUCGGGCAUGCCUACCAAACACCUCUCUGACAGCGUGUGCGCUGUGUGUGGACAGCAGAUCUUCGUGGACGUCAGUGAGGAGGGCAUCAUCGAGAACACCUACAGGCUGUCCUGCAAUCAUGUAUUCCACGAGUUCUGUAUCCGUGGCUGGUGCAUUGUGGGAAAGAAGCAGACGUGUCCCUACUGCAAAGAGAAGGUGGACCUGAAGAGGAUGUUUAGCAAUCCCUGGGAGAGGCCUCACGUCAUGUAUGGGCAGCUGCUGGAUUGGCUUCGAUACUUGGUAGCCUGGCAGCCUGUCAUCAUUGGCCUGGUGCAGGGCAUCAACUACAUCCUGGGCCUGGAAUAGUCGGGAAGUUGCAUCAGUGGAGAACCCACCCUGCCCACUAUGGACCUCAGGGCGCUCUCCCCGCUGCCCACAAAGACCCGGGUGGGAAAGACUCAAAAGGGUGCUUGGGCCACUCAGGACCCCCCGGCUGUGUCUGGCCUGGGGAGGGAUAUGAUGGAGAGCCAGCCAGUGGGGCUGUCAGCAGUGGGGGGGCUUUUUAAAAGAAAACUAUUUUGAUGAAUAUAUUUAAAAAACCUUUUUUUUAUUGUGGAACACAGGAGUUGCCCCCUCCAGGCUUCGCCCUGCCUGAGCAGGCUGGGAGUAGAGCCUUGACAGUUUUGGUUUAGAGGAGCCUUCGCACCUUUGGUUGAGAGCAUUGGUGGAUUCUCAGGUAGCGGAGGGCCUCAGUACACCCACCCCACUUCCUUUCCGUCUGCGGGGCUCGAGCUGGGGCCACUCAGUGUGGAAGAGCUGAAGAGCUUAGACUGGUGGCAGAGAGGAGCACUGAGGGGUGAGGUGUCUUCCCUCCUGCCCCUCUGGGGUGUAGGAUGAGUGCUCUGUUUGCGUCUGGCUCCUCAGGAGACAUUGGCCAGGAGCUAAGGGCUGGGUGAGGCAUUGGAAGCUUCAUCAGUGACGUCCUCAACAAGGGCAGUCCUGGGGCCUCGGUGUGUGUGGGACAACGGGAAGAAUCAGCAACGUGGAGAAUCUGCCCCUGAGCAGGGCUGAGGUCAGCCAGAAAUAGAGGCUAUCUAUACAUAUUUGGGCUGAGGGGACAACCUUUAGCAGCAAUGACAGAGUCUGUUGUGCAAACUAAUCCUUUGGCUUGAAAGUGAUGAUGUGCCAAAGGCCACUCUAUGUAUCACUUCCUUCCUGAAAGCCCAAGGGGGAGUGUGUUCGUGUGUGUGAGUGCGCACGCGCACAUGCACGGAUGGCAGGACUAGCUGUCACAGUCUGUUUCUCCAGUCAGCAGACAGUGACUUUGCCCUGGAAGCGAGCAGGGGAUUCCCAGCCCGGUGACCUCUGCGCGAGCUUCUUCAUUCCUAGGCUCCUCCUGCACCUCGCCGGGAAGGGUAGGUGGGUGGGAAGAAGGCCCUAGGUCUCAAGUAUAGGUUCUGAAAAGGGGCUUCCAGGCGGGCCUCAGCCUUGUCCUGGGCGUUCUGAAGAGAGUGGGAGGGCUGUGGGCACUGGGUUUCUAGGGCAUUGGGCCCAGCAGGGCUCCCGCUUGGAGGCCAGUGAGAAGCCAGCAGGGUCUCGUCACUUGUCCGAAUAAAGCUCCAUGAGCUGGGUUGGAAAGCUGAACGCUA